AAAAUUUUCAUUUAUCAAACUACAUUUUGUUUUCCCCUAUACGUAUUUCCCCUCUAGUGGCAUUAUAUUUUAAAAAUGGUUGUAAAGUUUUACUUCACGUGCUGUACAGCUGUAACUCUGCGUGCUGUUGGGUAGAUCCAUGGCUCAUACUUCUCCAACAUGCGACAUUUACAGCAAGAAUGAUGUGUCUUCAUCAUCCCUGUGACCCAUCGGUUUACUGCACUGUUACGGGCUUGUUCAAAAAGUACACCUCCAUCUGAAUAAACGAGUAGACAUGGCGGAACAAGACGUUUGCCCUCAUCUGGACUGCAUUGGAGACGUGACCAAGGAUGACCUUCUUCAAAAAUCUAAGGGAACUUGCCAGUCAUGUGGAGCAGGAGGCCCAAAUCUGUGGGCCUGUCUACAGAGUGACUGCUCUUAUGUUGGAUGUGGUGAAUCCUAUUCUGAUCACAGCACUCUUCACGCUCAGGCAAAGAAACACAACCUCACGGUGAACCUGACAACAUUCAGAAUUUGGUGUUAUGUGUGUGAACGGGAGGUAUUUCUGGAGCAGAGACCUGCCUUGGUGCCAAUGGUCCCACAUCACUGUAAAACCUCUGAACAGGAUUCAGUACCUCAGCCAGCUGCACAUCCACUGAAAGCUGUGCCAAUUGCUGUGGCAGAAGAAGAAGGUUCAGAAUCAGAGGAGGAUGAGCUUAAACCCAGAGGUCUUACGGGAAUGAAAAACAUAGGAAACACUUGUUAUAUGAAUGCAGCACUCCAGGCUCUGUCAAACUGUCCACCCCUCACACAGUUUUUCUUAGACUGCAGUGGUUUAGUGCGUACUGACAAGAAGCCAGCUCUAUGCAAGAGCUACCAAAAACUAAUCUCAGAACUUUGGCAUAAAAAACGACCCAGUUAUGUCGUCCCUACAAGUCUCUCUCAUGGAAUCAAAUUAGUUAAUCCGAUGUUUCGUGGCUAUGCUCAGCAGGAUACUCAAGAGUUUCUACGCUGCCUGAUGGACCAGCUGCACGAGGAACUGAAGGAACCACUAACAGAGUGCACUCUGAGUGGAGAUGGUUUCGAUGUUGAUGACAGACGAGAUGGUGACCGCUCCCCAUCGGAGGAUGAGUUCCUAUCAUGUGACUCUGGCUCGAGCAGUGACCGGGGUGAGGCUGGAGCCACUGGUGAUGGAGAACUGCUUUUACACGAUGAGUGUGAUGGCGUAAGAUCACCUAUGAGGCCAAAUGAAUCCAGUCCAUCUGGUGUAAUCUCUGAGAAGGAGAGGUUAAAAGAAAGAAGAGUGUCAGGGUCGCCACUUCGUGGAGGCUCCCAGGAAAUGGAUGAAGAUGCAGAUGUUGAUACUGCAGCUGAAGAGGACACUUCUGAAAGAUUGGAGACUGAAGAGGUGCUCACAACCCCAAGCACAGAGGUCCAAACUCUAGAAAACAAUCAAAUAUCAAAUACUGCACAGGGGCAAAGCCAGAGUAGCAACACCUCUGAGCCAGACAAUGAAGCCAGAAUAACGCAACCACAGUCCAUCCCGUGCACCCCUGUGCGCACACUUCAGGAGCUGCACCCUAAACUGUCAUGUAGCCCCCCUCGAUCUAGCCCCCUUCGUGCUACAGGACCAUCCUAUUCAUUCAAAAAGGCCCCACUGCUGCUUAGUUCCAAGAAAAAGAAACAGUCCCACUAUCGUAGUGUGAUCUCUGACAUUUUUGAUGGCUCCAUCCUAAGUCUGGUCCAGUGUCUAACCUGUGACAGGAUGAUGACACAGAUGAAUAUUGUUUAUCAGCUCUCUUCGACGGUGGAAACUUUCCAGGACCUCUCUCUUCCAAUUCCUGGCAAAGAGGACUUGGCCAAGCUCCACUCUUCUAUUCACCAGAAUCUGCCAGUGAAAACUGGUGUGUGUCCUGAAACAUAUGGGUCACAAGGCUGGAUAACCUAUAUAAUGGACUCCAUACGCAGAUUUGUAGUGUCAUGCAUUCCUAGUUGGUUUUGGGGGCCUAUGGUAACUCUUGAGGAUUGCCUUGCUGCCUUUUUUGCUGCAGAUGAGCUAAAAGGAGACAACAUGUACAGCUGUGAAAGAUGUAAAAAGUUGCGAAAUGGUGUUAAGUACUGCAAAGUGCUCAAGCUUCCAGAGAUUUUAUGUAUUCAUCUGAAACGCUUCCGUCACGAAGUCAUGUAUUCGUUUAAGAUCAGCAAUCAUGUAUCAUUUCCACUAGAAGGGCUCGACAUGCGACCAUUUUUGGCCAAAGACAGUCCGUCUCAAGUCAGCACUUAUGAUCUGCUUUCAGUUAUCUGUCACCACGGCACUGCCGGAAGUGGACAUUACAUAGCCUACUGUCAGAAUGUGAUCAAUGGCCAGUGGUACGAAUUUGAUGAUCAAUAUGUCACUGAGGUCCAUGAGACUGUGGUGCAAAACGCAGAGGCCUAUGUGUUGUUUUAUAGGAAAAGUAGUGAGGAGUCAGUUAGAGAACGUCAGAAGGUGGUGGCUCUGGCCAAUAUGAAGGAGCCAAGUCUGCUGCAGUUCUACAUUUCUAGAGAGUGGCUCAACAAGUUCAACACUUUUGCUGAACCUGGUCCAAUCAGCAACCACACUUUCCUUUGCCAUCAUGGAGGAAUUCCUCCCCAUAAAUACAACUAUAUUGAUGACUUGGUGGUUAUAGUCCCGCAGAAUGUCUGGGAAUAUCUGUAUAACAGUUUUGGUGGAGGGCCUGCUGUGAAUCACUUGUAUAUGUGUGCCAUUUGCCAAGUGGAGAUAGAGGCCCUAGCUAAGCGCAGGAAAACUGAAAUAGACACUUUCAUUAAGCUGAACAAAGAGUUUCAAGCUGAGGAGGCUCCGACUGUGAUCUUGUGCAUCAGUAUGCAGUGGUUCAGAGAGUGGGAGAGCUUUGUGAAAGGCAAAGACAAUGAGCCACCAGGUCCCAUUGACAACAGUAAAAUUGGCAUCAUGAAGGGAGGACACAUACAGCUCAAACAAGGGGCAGAUUAUGGUCAGAUAUCAGAGGAAACAUGGCAGUAUUUGUUGGGCAUUUAUGGAGGAGGUCCUGAGAUUGCUGUCAGACAGACAGUGGCCCCAACAACUGAUGUAGAGAGCUUGCACGGAGAGAGGAAGAUAGAAGCAGAGACAAGAGCCCUCUAAGAUAGAGAGGUUGCCUGGCUUCCAUUCCUCCCCUGUCCUGACAAGAAGCUGAGGAAUUUGCACCUUCCUGAAGCGGCUGUGUUGUGAGCACUUUGUAAAUGUAGCAACACAUAAUAGAAAAUGAUUUAAUAUGAAUUAGAUUAUUUAUUCAACAGCACAGAUUCACACUGUUGUCACUUACUAAAGUUGUUUAGCAGCACAUGAGGCUGUGAAAGACAUUGUUACAUAGAUAGGAUCUCUGGAAUAAUACUGAAUUUAACACAGUUGGGCACCUCAAAACAAAAGUGCAAAUGACAGGUUAGAGUAUUAUAUUUAAGAUUUUACUCUAGUCUAUUGUUUCUGUUUAAUCAUUUUACUUCCUGGUCUGACACGGGCAGACCAACAUACAUCGGUUGAAGUAAUUCCAUAACUGUUACAUAGCAUUCAUGAUAAAAUAAAGGGACAAAAUUAAAAUGCAUAAUAGGUAUGAUUAGCCAAAUAAAAAAAUAAGGCCUUCAUUUUAUUAAACUGCUAAAAAAAUUUGUUUCUUGUGCGUACAUCGGUCGUGUAUUUUGGAAGGAAUUUUGUUGACAUAAGUAGAGGUAUUUCGUUUUAUAACUCGCCUGUAAUUUUGUACUUUUCUUCUUAACUUUUGUUCACAAACUGCCAUUAAACUGAUGUUAAACUAAGUAAUAAUUAGAAAAGCAUGUCUUAUGCACUUUAAAGCGUUUCCAGACCCUCAGGAAUGCUUUAGUCAAAAAUGGUUAGCUUAAGAAAUAAUUAUGUUCUUUUGAAAACACAUUUGUUUUCACACUAGGUUAAAUAUGCAUGCUACUCCCUCACUGAGAAGAAAGCAUUUUAUUAGGGUGCUGUUUGCUGAAAUUCUUGCUCUGUGGGUACAUAACCUAAGACAAUUACGCCUUGAGACAUAUUGUGUAUACUGUAUGUUUACAAACCCAUCUGGGGAAGGGGGAUAAGGCAUAUGCAUCUGGUGCUAUAUUGGUUUAAUGCUUGUGGGAGAAGAAGUAUCAAUGUGACUGACAUUUAAGAAUAGAUGGACUUUAAUGAUUAUGUCUGUUUUCAAUUGCUAUUGAUUAUACCCAAAAUAUAUUAAUCUGAAAUAUUUUUUUUGGUAUUUUACCAAAACAGAAGACAAAACAUUUUAUUUUAUAAAUUCAGAUCUGCACACAGACAGUUGGCAUCUCUGAUGCAAUUAUGGCUCCCAGUCCAUCUACCAGUUCUUUAAAAUGCAACAUUUGUAAAUAUGUCACAUCUAAGCCACAGCAUUUUAUUGCUUAUCUUGGCACGCAAUUAAAACAUGCUACAUUUAAGUAGAUUUAUACACAGUGCCUUCACUGUAUUGCUUCAAUAGCCUCGUCACUCACCUUUUUGUUUGUGUGGUUUGAGUUGUUUUCAAAUGUAUUCAUUUGUUUAAAUUAAAUUAUGUAGUUAUAAUUUAAACUUCAAUCAAUUCCAAAGCACCGAACAGUAUUUUGUAAAUCAGUGAAAAAAUCAUUGUACCUGUGGAUCUUCAUCAUUGCCUUUUAUUGUAAUUAUGUCACAUCUUAAUGGGAGAAUGACAAAAGAAUGAAAACUUAAAUAUUCUCUUGUGUUCAGAAAAAUUACCCAGACUGAUUGUUGUUUGUGUGACUGUGACCAAAAUAUUGUUUUACCACUUCUCAUAAUGAUCAAUGGAAUUAUCUUGCUCUGACAUAUGUGGAUAUACAGAAUACUAAUAUCCAUACUGUGGUGGUGAUUGUUUUAAGUUGCUUUUGUGGGGGUAAGUGCAAUAAAAAGAGAAACUCAUUAUGUGUAAGAAAUUGUGCAAUGCAGCAGUGUAACACUGUAUAGUGGUAAUGUUGCAACACUUUCAGCUACAGUCUGUGUUUGCUUGUGUUACAGUGAGUACUGUAGCUGUGUGUGAGGUUUUCAUUUCACAGAUGGGUCCGACAUUUUCAUUCAGGGUGCUUCUUGUCUUGUAAAGUAAUAGAUGUUUGGAUUACACAAGUUUUAAGCAGAUUAAAGUCUGUAUAACUGUAAUUAGUCAUGGCAUAUUGAUGAAUAAAAUUGCCUUGUAUGAAAUUAA